AUAAAUGACUGUGGAUGUGACACGAAGAUUAAAACAUACGAAGACACAGUAAAAUCAAUUCUUAACCUUUGCAUAACUAUUAACUUAAAUUAUGUAUUUAUUUAACACGACGCAACUUUUGGCUAUUGAUACCUGCGAGUCUGUACUCGGGGUUUAAAUUCAACACAUACAUUGCAUGACCGCUUUUCGUAAGGUGAUUGCAACGUGCUCAGCCUGACCAGCCAUGGCUUCUGAUGAACCCAAAGCAAAGAAACCCAAACUUUCCGAGGAUGAAAAGACAGAGUCUCCGAGCAAAAAGGCUGCUGCCGAACUAAGCUCCAACUUGCUCUUUGGGAUGGGAAACCCCUUACUCGACAUCUGUGCUGUUGUUGAUAAAGACUUCUUGGACAAGUACUCUCUGAAGCCCAAUGAUCAGAUCCUGGCUGAGGACAAGCACAAAGCACUGUUCGUACCUCCUGUGUUGCAACAUUUACUGUAGAGUACCUGUGAUAUUAGCGCCACCACACAUGUGAACUUCUGUUGGGGUUUUUUGCAGCGAGGGGAAAAAUGCGUCCGAAAUCAUCCCGAGUUUGCGCCUCUCUGUUCUGGAGAGGGCCAGCCAAAACAGGCACACACAAGAAAGCUGCUACCAUUGACCUCUGUUCCUGCGCAGACGGCCAAUGGUAGCGCAGCGAGCUGAGCAGAGUGAGACGGUCUCGUCCAAUGACAGAGCGGGACACUUCACCUCCCCAGUCCCGCCGAGACCAGAGCCACAAAGCAAACAUUUAACAGCAGGAGAUAAGAGAGCAGAAUGUGAGAGUUUGUUCACACUGAUCUGGACCGGAUCGCCCUCUUUUUGCUCCUUAUGAAUUUGAAAUUUUGUUGAUAAUCAUUUCAGAUUUAAAUCUUUUGGGGGAUAAAUGAUUUAAAUUGAAUCCUCUCUUUCUUCUAUGGAUUUGUAGAGCAGAAGGUAUUGCUCUUUGCAGGUAGACACCUGCUUGUUCACCCUGUCAGACUUUCUCAUAAUUAUCUCUGAGAGCAACAUCAUAUUGACUAUAUAUAUUUAUUUAUUUUUUACAACAGACAACUAAAUGUUUUUCCCCCUGUGCUUCAUCGCUCCCCUUCUCUGACCCCUCACUUCCUCUCAGGACCUUUACCAACAGUGGGGUUGUUGCUGUUCCUAAUAAUAUAUCUGCGAACACACACUUGACAGCUCGAAGGCGACUGUUCUUCUGCAGGUCCGGCAAACUAAAAUCUAUGAGUCAAUUAAACAGGCUUUAGUCCAAAGGGGAAAACAAGGUCGCACGGCUGCGAUGCAUUACGCAACAGACAAAAAUGACAUGGAUUGUAUAAUCAGCGGUCAGUCAUGCGUGUGUUGUGUAUUUAUUUUGAGAAAAGUGUGACGCUGCUUUCUGCAGAGAUGCCAUGUUACAAUGUUCCUGGCCUUCCAGUCUCAGCUGUUGUCAGAAAAAUCUACAAAGGGACACAGACGAGUCAUUAGUAUGUUAUAAAAAGAUCUGAAAUGCUUCAAUCAGAGACAUCGUCACUGGUUUUAGUUUUGCUGUGGCAUAAAGCUGACAUCAGACACCAGCCGAUUUCUCUUUACUAGUCUUCAACUUGGGUAAGACAAGAAAACAUUCCAAUAAGGCAUUAAUGUGAUCUUAAAUCAGAAAAUUGCUUCUCACCUAAAGUUGCUCAAAUCUACAGUAAUGACCAUAAUGUACUGUUGGCAAAAGGGGCUGGACGGAUCCAUGUUUGUUUGUCAGAUAAGGGAGGUACAAUAAAAGUUUCUAAAGG